UGUUAGCCAUUCGCCCGGGCACGUCGCUUGUUGUUAUUGGGAUCGGGCUGGAGCCCUCGGACGGACAGUAAUUCAUUAAAAUAUGUGGUGAUAACGCGAGCUGCCGAAUUCUGCGUGCGAUUCGUGCGUUUGACGUGGGUACUAACUAACUACUAUGCUGUCGCGCCAACACCUGUUUUGAUUCGCGGAGUUCCUGCCCCACAUCACAUCACACCACAAUAACAACACCACCCACCCAGUUCCUCCUCCUUCUUCUCCCCAUCCGCCAGCCACCAGCUGCUCCACCAGCAAAAAGGCAAUUAAAAAAUCAAUCAGAGGGCCCCAAUUGAAAGCUGCUGCCUCCUCCGACGACAUGUCGCCGCCGAAGAACUGCGCGGUGUGUGGGGACAAGGCGCUGGGGUACAACUUCAACGCGGUCACCUGCGAGAGCUGCAAGGCCUUCUUUCGGCGUAACGCCCUGGCCAAAAAGCAGUUCACUUGCCCGUUUAACCAAAACUGCGAUAUCACAGUUGUCACCCGGCGGUUCUGCCAAAAGUGCCGCCUGCGAAAAUGCUUGGACAUCGGAAUGAAAAGCGAGAAUAUUAUGUCCGAGGAGGACAAGCUGAUCAAGCGACGCAAGAUCGAAACGAACCGGGCCAAGCGACGUUUAAUGGAGAACGGCACGGAUGGCAGCGAUCCUGAUGGCGGCGAUGACCACAAGGCACCGGCGGACAGCAGCAGCAGCAACCUGGAGAUGUACUCCGGCUCGCAGGACUCGCAGAGCUGUGGCUCCGUGGACAGCGGGGCCAACGGGUGCUCCGGCGGGCAGACCAGUUCGUCAGGCUCACAGGUUAAUCCGCUGCAGAUGACGGCCGAAAAGAUCGUUGAUCAGAUCGUAUCUGACCCGGAUCGGGCCUCGCAGGCCAUCAACCGGCUAAUGCGAACACAAAAGGAGGCUAUUUCGGUGAUGGAGAAGGUGAUCAGCUCACAAAAGGACGCCUUGAGGCUGGUCUCGCACUUGAUAGACUACCCGGGUGACGCCCUGAAGAUCAUUAGCAAGUUUAUGAACUCGCCCUUUAAUGCGCUGAUAGUAUUCACCAAGUUCUUGAGUUCGCCCACCGACGGCGUGGAGAUUAUCUCAAAGAUAGUCGACUCGCCGGCGGACGUGGUGAAGUUUAUGCAGAACCUGAUGCACUCGCCGGAGGACGCUAUCGACAUCAUGAACAAGUUCAUGAAUACGCCGGCGGAAGCCCUGCGAAUCCUCAACCGCAUCCUGAGCGGCGGCGGAGCUAACGGAACCCAGCAGACUGCAGACCGCAAGACUUUGCUGGACAAGGAACUGGCAGCAAAGCCUAGUCCGCCGGCGGAGCGAGUGGACACCGUCAUCCAAAGCAUGCUGGGCAGUGGCAGUCCGCCGAUCUCGCCCAAUGACGCCGCCGUGGACCUGCAGUACCACUCGCCAAGUUCCGGGGAACAGCCUAGCACCUCGAGCAGCCACCCCUUGCCUUACAUAGCCAACUCGCCGGACUUCGACCUGAAGACCUUCAUGCAGACCAAUUUUAACGACGAGCCCAGCCUAGAUAGCGACUUCAGCAUCAACUCGAUAGAGUCCGUGCUCUCGGAGGUGAUUCGCAUAGAAUACCAGGCGUUCAACAGCAUUCAGCACGCGGCGUCGAGGGUUAAGGAGGAGAUGUCGUACAUGGGCGGUGGUCAAUCCUCCUCCAACGGCGGAUGCAGUGCCGCCGGUAGUAACAGCCAGCACCUGCAGCAGCCCAUCUGCGCUCCAUCCAGUCUCCAGAUGGAUCGCGAACUGAACGAGGCCGAGAAGAUGAAGCUACGGGAACUCCGACUGGCCAGCGAGGCUCUCUACGAUCCCGUGGACGAGGACCUCAGCGCCCUGAUGAUGGGGGACGAUCGCAUUAAGCCCGACGACACUCGCCACAACCCAAAGCUACUGCAGCUGAUCAAUCUGACGGCGGUGGCUAUCAAGCGGCUUAUCAAGAUGGCCAAGAAGAUUACAGCAUUCCGUGACAUGUGCCAGGAGGACCAGGUGGCCCUACUCAAAGGCGGCUGCACAGAGAUGAUGAUUAUGCGCUCUGUCAUGAUUUACGACGACGAUCGCAACGCCUGGAAGGUACCCCACACCAAAGAGAACAUGGGCAACAUCCGUACUGACCUGCUCAAGUUCGCCGAGGGAAAUAUAUACGAGGAGCACCAAAAGUUCAUCACAACAUUCGACGAAAAGUGGCGAAUGGACGAAAACAUUAUCCUGAUCAUGUGCGCCAUAGUCCUUUUUACCUCGGCUCGAUCGCGUGUGAUACACAAAGACGUGAUUAGAUUGGAACAGAAUUCCUACUAUUAUCUUCUGCGAAGAUAUCUGGAGAGUGUUUAUUCUGGCUGUGAGGCGAGAAACGCGUUUAUCAAGCUGAUCCAAAAGAUUUCAGAUGUGGAGCGUCUGAACAAGUUCAUAAUUAAUGUCUAUUUGAAUGUUAACCCAUCCCAGGUGGAGCCCUUGCUGCGUGAAAUAUUUGAUUUGAAAAAUCACUAAAACUUUUUGUGUCGGGCAUUUAAUGCCGAUGUCGACGCCGAUGCCCAAUGAUGAAUGAUCAGCGAGCUAUAGUUGUUGUUGUUCAUGUCUGUUUUAUCUGUCGCUUGUAAUGUUAGAUUUUAAUCGAAUGUGAUUGUUAGAUUUGCAUAUACUGCAUAGAUUUUAUAUUUCUACAUCAAAGAGAGCAUAUUUAGGAUACCAAGUGCAAAGCAACACAAUCUAUAUGUAAUGUACACCGUUUAACUAGUUUCCAAUAAACUAAACACUGAUGCAAUAAA